AGUGAACAACCUAGCUGGCAUCGGCAGCAUCCACAUAGUCGCAACGUCGAUUGACCGGUGAUAGCGCUAACGUCUUUCAUAGUAAUGCACAGCCUCUAAGACAUCUGAAUAGUGGAGUCUUGUCAUCCCCUUCACCACCCCUGCCCGGUUAGGCUGGCUGUGUCCAGGCACUUCACCGCGACAUAUAUCUCUGUAGCUGGGCGACUUUGCCUGUUUUCCGCCCCCAACGACCUCUGAUCAUGCCCCGCCGUACCUUCAGUCUGAGUCACGACUAUGCAGAUUCACUAUCUGAGCACGAGUUCCUCAUCGAAACGGCCCACAAGAUUCCCUCUCACCCUCUCUCGCGGUCUGACAUUCUAUCACGACGCAUAUCCAUCAUCGGUCUGGUCUUCACUCUAGUGGUCGGCAUGGCCUGUAUCAUAACAGGUGCCGCUCUAAACGCCGCUAGCAAGGGCAACCCUCAAACAUACUUCGAUGACGUUUUGUACGUUUACAGCCAAACCACGCCAUUCAACCCCACCCUCCUCGAGAUCCCAAUCCUUUUGCUCAGCGCACUCGUCACGGUCUGUACGGAGGCUAUCGGCUACGUCCACAGCACGGCAUUGCGCUCGGAGCUUAUGCAGGAGAGGCGCCUCGUGUUCAACACGAACGCGCGUCUUUUCACCGCCACGCGACGACGGCGGUGGACAGGGCCAAACGGCGUUCUGUGCAACGUCUUCAUGGCCGUGCUCUUGAUCAUGUCAUUCGUGUCGGCCACCCUCACGUUCACCACCCAACUCCACAUCUUCGUCGUCAGCUUCGUCCCUAUGGUCUCGCUAGGCGUUUUCCUUAUCCUGCAAGUCCUAGUUGCAACUUACGCUCUUUCUGCAACGCACAUCCUCACAUGGGACAACAACGCGCUCGAAACUCUGACCGUCCUGUCUCGCCAGCGUCUCGUGAAACGCUUCCCGGGGCGUGGCAUGUGCAGUGUAUCUGAUCCGGGAACAGACCCCCAUCCUCAGAUCCCGUCAGCCCGUCAGCCCUCCACCUGGCAAGCACGCCGCGACAUCCGGGUCGUCAUCGUCCUUAUGUGGGCCUUCACCGCCCUUUGCACUGUGUGGGGUGGUGUUACGUAUCUCGCAAGAUUUAAGCCACCCCCAGAAGAUAAUGUGGAAACAAGUUUCCAGUGGACGCUGGAGCCGUCGUACAAUUUCUCGCCGUACCUCCAGUGGAUCGUCCCGUGGGGGUCUGGAGGGCUCUUGUGGACACAGAUCUUUGGCGUCAUGUUCAUUGUUCAGGGGACACUUGCGACUACGCUGCACCUAGCGGGUCUAGCUGCGAACACGUUGCGCGAUGAGCAGAUGUGGAGAAGCGCAUCCAGUCCGAAAGGCGCAGCGGUGCAGGUGAACGUUCUUUGGUCCAUUGUGACACCGCCCAAUUUGCUGUUACUCUUAGCAAAGCCGGUUCUUCAUUGGAUGAUGAGCUUGGCCAAUACCGCUGAGAUCGACGCAGACGAGGCCAGCGACGGAGGGUCUAUCGUCGCUUUUGCGUUCUGGUCUGUACAGUACUGGAACCUGAGUAUCGGUCUCGUCAUCCUAACAGCAAUCUUCACCUUCCUCGUCAUGCGCCGUCCGCGAGGCCCGCAGCCCGCAGCGUACGGACACUUCCAGACGCUCGCGAACCUCAUUGACGACUGGCCCGAAGAGGAGGACGGGAAGGAGAGGCUGUAUUGGGGGGAUAAAGGGUUGUAUUUGGAUGCUGGGAACGAGUCCGAAUCCGAGUGGGACAUUGGCGAGAAACGGUGUCAUGCUGGUACGAGCGGGUCGCUUCUGGCACCGGUGAACAUGAACGCUUUGUACGCAUGAGCCUCCCUUUAUGACUGUAUAUACGUGGUUUGUUUGCUGUUGU